GAAUCUCACAUCUAUGGACCAUCAGGGUGUUUGUAGUCCGUCUUCAAGAUGACCCCCACGGUCCCUUAGCAACCAUCCAUCACUUACACGACCCCUGGUGCCAAGCAUUGGUGGGGCGGCACUCAGGAACUGCACCCAGCGGCCCCGGCCGUUCGGAUGGAAACGCCCCACACCCACCACCAGCGGCAGCGGGGCAUCGCCCAGAACUGGACUUUGAUCGGAGCAAAACAGCAGCUCCACCGAGAACUUGCUUUCCUGUGUCCGGCAAAUGACGAAGUUUGUCCGCAUCUUUCCCCAGCUCCAUUUCCGUCACAUGCCGCUCUUUGUGGUUGCUUGUUGUUGUUGUUGUUGUUAUUAGCAGCAGCCUCCGAUCCGUUCUCUCAGCCACCACCACACAACUACCUACAGUACCUAUCUACCUCUUCGGCCGAUCAAUCAACCGACCGACGAAACGAGCAAACGGACAAUGGCGGCCAGCGGGAGCAUAUUCCAGUGCCUCCUGCGCACGUCGCAACAGAGCUUGGGAAAGAGGAUAAUCCUCCAAAGACAAACAGCGACAGCCCAAGCAGCAGCUGCGACGCGAUUCACGUCAACUCGACUCGGCAAAAACGCUGCCUCUACUCCCCGCCGCCAAUUCACCACCUCGUCCACACGCCGACAGACUCAACAACCCGGCGAUGAUCCCAACUUUACUUCCAUCCUCGAUAACCCUCCCGAGCUUGUGCGGACCGGCAGGAGACAUGGCAAGGGUUUGAUUAUCCUGGCCAUCAUCCCCAUCACCGCCCUCUUCCUCGGAACCUGGCAAGUCUACCGACUAAAAUGGAAGACGGACCUAAUCGCCAAAUGCGAAGACCGCAUCAUCCGGGACCCUCUCCCCCUUCCCCCCCGCGUGGACCCGGCCGCCAUCGCCGACUUCGACUACCGCCGCGUCUACGCCGAGGGCGUCUACCGACACGACCAAGAGAUGCUGAUCGGCCCGCGCAUGCGCGACGGCGAACAAGGCUACAUGGUUGUUACGCCCCUGGAGAGGGGAGAUGAUCCGAGCUCCAAGGUGCUGGUCAACAGGGGGUGGGUGAGCAAGAAGUUUGCAGACCAGAGGAGCAGGCCGGAUUCCGUCAAGCAGGGCGAAAAGGUCCGUGUGGAGGGCAUGCUGAGAGAGCCGUGGAAGAAGAACAUGUUUACGCCGGACAAUAGGCCGGAUAUUGGCGAGUUCUACUUCCCGGAUGUGAAGCAGAUGGCCGAGUUGACGGGCAGUCAGCCGGUGUGGAUUGAGCAGACUAUUGUUCCCGAUAUUAUCACCGUCUACGACUACGAGGCUCGUGGUAUCCCUAUCGGUAGAGUCGCCGAGGUCAACCUUCGCAACAACCAUGCGCAGUACAUCUUUACAUGGUACGGUCUCGCUGCUGCCACCUCCAUCAUGUUCUGGCUCGUGGUUAAGAAGCCCGCGAACCAGAUUACCAAGCGCGUUCGCAUGAACAAGAGCUGGUAAACAUGAGUUUGUGAGUGGGCAGUGAUAGCUUUGCUUUGUCACACAUCAAUGGUGACAAACACUCUCACGUCACCUCUUCGUCUUCGCCGCCAACCCCAGCACGGCUAGAAGAGGCAGCCUUUCGGCGCUUCUUGACCGGAACAGGCGGCGUCAUCCUCAGUUCCUGGAGGAGCUCUCUAGGAAGGUAUCGUUGCGCCAAGGCAAACGGCGUGGUUUGGGCGUUGGUUUGACGUUGUCUAUAAAAGAAAAAUUGUAAGUCAGUCCGUCGUGUACAAUAGCUCAAAAAAAGUGUACAAAGAACACUACACAGGAUAUAAACAAUCGGAUACCCAGGGAUCAAAACAAAAGCACCAAACAUACCUCUUCAUCAAUGUAAGCAUAUC